AUGAGUUCCCAUAAGCCUGUCCAUAAAAACAAUAAUAAAAGUACAAUGAAAACUAUCAGAGAUGAUAUCGACUACGUUAAAGAGAGCGAUGGGUAUCAAAAGUAUCGAAUCCAGUUCAGAGAGCCAUACAAACAUUUUCUGGGUUGCGUUGGAUUGGAUGAGCGGGAUUGGAAUUUGAGCCGUCCUCGUGCAGAUCUUCGAUGCAACGCCUUAUCCCAGCAACUCACCUCAAUGUAUUCAAUUACAAGUAAACCGGAUUUCUUCAAUGAAAACAAAGAAAAGGACACCGAAACCAAGGAGGGUGUUGACUAUUUUGGUGAUUUCGAUCGCGAGAUCCGUCCUCAUUUCGAAAAGGCAAUUGCUGCUGAAAAUCAGUAUUACGAUGAAAUGAAGACGAAGAUGCAAGUGAUUCAUGAUUUUUAUACGAAUGAUUUUGAAGCGAAAAAAGCGGAAUUCGCUUCGCUGGGGCCGGAAUUGGAAGCACUUCAGAAGAGUCGUCCGACGGAUCCUGAGCAAAUUCAGCAAAUGGAUAAAGUCAUGAAUCGAUUCACAGAGUUACAGAGAUUGCUGAAAAGUAUGAUCCAACCGGGCCUAACUGCAAUCCAAUCCCAACAUUUAAAAUCGAUGAGGGAAUGUAUGGAGGCUUAUCAGAAGUUGAAUGAUAACUGGAGUAAUUGCUUCGUCUCGUUUAGCAAGUUCAAACCAAAGCUCACGGCGAAGAGAAGAAUCAAGGAUGAGGAAAAGGGAAAGGACAAGGCAGACAAGUUGGGAGAAGAUGAUCGGGAUAUUUGA